AUGAAAAGUGAGAUUGUUCAAUUGUUUCAUGAAUUUCACACAAAUGCUAAGCUAUCAUAUGGGAUCAAUAGCUCAUUCAUGGCACUUAUCCCUAAGAGGGAUAGUCCCUCAGGAUUAGGAGAUUAUAGACCUAUUAGCUUGGUCAGUUCCAUCUACAAGAUGUUGGCCAAGGUGUUGUCUAAAAGAAUAAAGCAGGUUCUCCUAGCUGUGAUUAGUGAGGUGCAGUCAACGUUUGUUAGUGGUAGACAUAUACUGGAUGGAGUGUUGAUCGCCAAUGAAGUUGUAGAUAGGUGGCACAAAGCUAGGAAGAAGGGAAUUAUCUUGAAGUUGGAUUUCGAGAAAGCCUAUGAUUCGUUAAGUUGGGAUUUUUUGCUAUCUAUGUUGGGGAGUUUUGGCUUUGGGGCAAGGUGGAUUAGGUGGAUGAAGACUUGUGUUAUAACAACUAUGGUGUCUGUAUUGGUUAAUGGUUCACCAACGGAGGAGUUUCAACCUCAAAAGGGAUUAAGGCAAGGUGACCCUCUAUCUCCUUUUUUGUUCAUUGUAGCAGCUGAAGGCCUUAAUCUUUUGUUGGGUAGGGCUAUUGAGAAGGGCUUAUUUAAGGGAGCAUCAGUUGGAUCUAAUCAGCUGGGCAUCUCUCAUCUUCAAUUUGCUGAUGACACCAUCAUUUUCUGUGAAGGAGGUUUGCCUCUUGGAGCAAAUCCUAGAAGGAAGAGCACUUGGGAUCCUGUAGUGGCGAAAUUUCAGAAGAAGCUUUCUUCUUGGAAAAGGAGAUUGUUGUCGUAUGCAGGUAGAUUGACUUUGAUCAAAUCGGCCUUGUAUAAUUUGCCUAUCUACUUCCUGUCAAUCUUUAAAAUGCCUAAGGGGGUAGUAAAAGCUAUUUCUAAGAUUCAAGCAAAUUUUCUCUGGGGUAGUUCUGUUGCCAGCAGGAAGGUGCACAUGGUUAAAUGGAAGGAGGUCACAAAAGGUAAGAAUCAAGGUGGCUUGGGCAUAAGGGACUUAGGUGUGGUCAAUGAGUGCUUGUUGCUUAAGUGGUGGUGGAGGUAUGGUAGUGAGGAUAAAGCUCUGUGCAAAGAAGUGAUCUACUCUAGGUAUGGUAAAAUUAGCAGGGGAUGGUCUGCUUGGUUGAAUCAUCCAGUAGGGGUCUCACUGGUUUGGAAGGAUAUUUCACAACUUUCUACGGUUAAUCAGCAAUUGGGAGAAUUUUUUGGAGAACAGGUUCAAAUAAUAGUGGGCAAUGGGAGGAUGAUAAAGUUUUGGUACGACCCUUGGUUAGGUGAUAGAGGGCUGAAGGAUGAAUUUACUAGGUUGUUUAGUUUAUCCACAGAGAAGGAGGAUUCCCUACAGCAGAUUAGUGCAAAGAUUGGUGCCUCAGGUAGGUGGCAGCGUCAAUUCAGAAGGCCUCUCCUAGCUUGGGAAGAAGAAGAGCUGCAGAGGCUGGUAGGUAUGCUGCUCUUCACUCUUAGGCUCAUAGAUGGGGUAGAGGACUCCUGCUCUUGGCUAGCAGAGAAGUCAGGUCAGUUCACUGUUGCCUCUGUAUGGAGAUGGAGAGUUGCAGCUGGUGGGAAUGAUCUGUGGUGGAAUGGGGGCCGACAUAAUCUCAAGUCUUGGGUACUCAGAGUUUGGAAGAUUAUUCCCUCUGUAGUUUUAUGGUCAGUUUGGAGAUUGAGAAACCAAUGCUUAUUUAAGGAUGCUAUUCCUGAUAUACAAGUUCUUUGCGAACAAGUGAAGGUACAGAAGUUCACAGCAGUAAGGUUCAGAUCAGUAGUGGUUUGUGUGCAGCUGGGUGUAAAUCUGUGGCUGAAGCUGAACGGGUUCUUGUGGAAGUCUGUGCUGUCUGGGCUGGAUUGGGUUGAUGUGCUGAACUCUGAAUUCUGUCUUGCUGGAGUGGGCUGGCUUGUGCAGAGGAGUUUAGAUUCAGAACAAGGGGAUGAGUUGUUGGUGAUAGUUUUUGUUCUGUUGUUCUAA